UCUGAUGGGAAGUUGGAUUGUGUGCCCUUGGCACCCAUGGGACUGGGCCGGCCCCUCAUGGUGGUCACCAUAUGGACAAAGUGAGCAGCCUACACAAGUUGUUGCAUUACGAUCCACACUCGGCCAGAAUAAGCUUCUUACUACAUCAACAAAACCACAUUUCACACGGAAACCAUCAAGUGUAACUAACUGACUUUCAAGUCUUCAGGUAAGCUACUUGCUUGGGCUCUCGGGCAAUUGACUGGGCAACACGUCAGCUCGAUACGCACCGUAUGUGGGACACAUACGGACAACGUACGGACGAGAGGGGGAACCGCGCUGUACAAGACACCGGGGUACGACGCUCUCGUACCUAGCGUGUCACCGUAGCUCAUUGGUAGAGUCACGGGUUCCGAAGCCGAAGGUCCGAGGUUCAACUCCCAGCGGUGGCAGUCCACUUUCAACAGUCAAGGUGUAACCGUACAGGAUCGGAUUGGUGCAUUAGGAGCGAAUAAUUCAACAGAACGUCACUAUACUCUACAGAAACACCAAUGGCUUUGCGUACGGUCUUAAUUAUGUUGACGAUUCAAAGCUGGUCGCGGUCCGAACCAGUAGCGGGGCCGUAUGAUGUUUUUAUUGAUCAAUGGACCGAGUGUCCUAAAGGGUUGGUCGACCCCUUUUUCCCGGUGAAGACUCGAUUAGUCAGAAACCGUCAUAACCACAAUGACAUGUUUUUAUUUGCCAACUACACAAUCAAUGAACGUCUUGAUGAUAGCUCGUCCAUGCGACUAGAGUUUGGAUCGUGGAGCUCUGGCGGUGGGUGGAAAGAAAACGCUUUUAUUAUGAAAUUUCAAAGGUUGUGUAGCACUCUAAAUAAUUUAGCACCAAGAACCCUGCAAGCCUUAGAGCGUAGUCUGAGUAACAGUAAAAAAGUUAGUCCUGCUACAUGUCCGUGGAACCCGGAAACUUAUCAAAUUACGAACUUCUCGACUCUCGAAGUAAAAUCCACCAUCCCUGCACUGUUUUACGGGAAAUGGAGAAUUAAUCUCAUCAUCUUUAACCCAAAAACCCAAGUGGCCCUCGCUUGUUUCAGAGUGUAUGCUCGCACUACACCAAAAAUGCCCUUCGUGAAAACUUCUAACUAGCAGUGAUGGUUUUGUUGUUUCAUUAUGCUGACUUGACACUUCUUACAAAUACGAAUGUAUGUUUUCUCCGGCCCCUUCUAAUGAAGUCCUUUCUAUUUGUGAGCGUCUCAACAAAGCAUCGCCUUUAAAAAAAAAAAAAAUUACCAGUUUAUACCAGCAGUGGGGGCUAAGAUGAGAAGGUCGGAGAAAGUAACCGAAGUUCUCUGGUAAAGGCUGGUUCGAUGUUGAGCAAGAAGUGUUUAUUGCUAACACAGUCAACAGGCGACGCAGUAAUAAUCGCAGAUGUCAGGAGCAGUCAGCAUGAGAGGGCACAGUACAGGGAAUAAAGUGAUACACAGAUGGACGAAGCAGUGCUUAUUUACAACAUUCCUACUUGCCAUUUGCGUCACCCGACGAUCACGACUCUACUCAGAAUUAUUUUAAAUUUAUAACUCUACGGCAAUUCCAGCCGUGACGAACGGACGUACUCUAGUGAUGUUCAAGUUCAAAACAUUUAGCGUCUGUCUGAUUGUCUGCGUGUGUGUCUGUCUGUCGUCAGGAUAACUCGAGAACAGUUUAAGCUAGGUACGUGAAAUUUUACUGGAACUUUGUAUCAUAACAAGCGGGGCCCGCACUGAAAAAAAAAAUACUGUGGUGCUAAGAACAGCUGUAACACACCCAAGACAUUUUGCUCUUGGAUCGGCUCCCAGAACAUGCGUUCUUGGAGCCUGUUCCUGGUGAAUGUCGUUGAGGCAUGUCGUUGUUAUUAAUGACUGUGUGUCUGGCGUGACCUCGCGUUGCUGUUACUAUUAGUGCAUGUGUAUUGUCACUCUUGUCGGUGAGGGAAGCCCAAGCGUUCUCACGUUAAGUUAAACUUGGUUCUUUCUACUGAGUCGUUAGACGAAAAGAAGAUGUCUUCGACGCAUGUACUUACUAAGGAGAGCUGCAUGUGCUCCGGUGCUGUGUCGUUGAAGGAGCAACAGCGGGCUUUGGGGAAAACCACUUCUGGCUUAAAACCUUGUGGUAGGCCGACUUACUGAUGUCGUAAAUAUAAAAGUCAAAGUCGUUCAGCUGUGUAGUGGUGUGAAAGCCAUGUGUCUCUACACAGUGCUGUUCUGACUACUGCAGAUGUCCACAAGCUGUGUCUCAAGGCGUGUAGUAAUAGGAAAUUUGAUGGAUGAGAUGACUUAAGAAAAAUGAAAUAAAUUUCAAUUAAUAGAAAAAUGUACGUUUUCAAUAUUUUAGUAUCACAGGUUGUGAUAAAACUAAUACAAUUGUUUGAUGUACACUACAAAUAACAUAUUCAAUCAUCAACAUGUAGCUUAACAGACUUCUCUCAAACCAGAGGAAAUGCAAAUAAUAAUUAUCAAUCACGAUUGAAAACAGAUUGCAAGUCAGACAAAAUAAUUAAAAUUGAUCACAAUAGAUCACGCAAAGUAACAAACUUAACGCCAUUGUAGGAAGAACAGGGAGCGGGUCAA